AUUCAAGCCAACAGCUGGGGGCACCAAACUGCUUUUGCAUGAGAGCUGAGCCAAUGUUAGAGAAGAGUGAGAAACUGGAAGAGUGGGCUUUCUCCUCUCAUCUUUAGCAUCCAGAGUUUGAAGGAGGUGUAAACAGGCCUGGGGAUCUGCAGUGAGAGUAGCAAAGGACAUGAGGCAAUGAAGAUUUCUCAUAUCUUCCCUGUAUCAAAAGGACAAGAGGGUCAUCUGACCUGAGUGAGGCUGAAGAGGCUGAAAUAGAGACAAUAAGACAGCACAGAGAGGAGCUCUUGGAGGACAUCAAGCAGACUCAAACACUACUUCAUUGACUCCCGAAGAGCCUGAAAAUGACAAACUGAAAGUCAGUUAGUAAUAUCACAUCACAUCUACAUCGUGCAUGGUGGUGGACAGCUUUUUCUCUUCUGCUUCCAUUGCCACAAAAUGUACACUAUCAUCUUGCACUGAUUUUUCCACAACAUGAAGAGAUCCACACUCCUGGGAAAUAACUGCAAAGCUGAAAGAAGAGAUUGCACAAGUGUUUGCAGAGAUUGAGGGCUUCCAGAAUGCAGAGGAGAGGCAAGAGGCAGAUCAGAACCCUGGUGAGAGGACCAGCAAACUAUCGCAGAGGGAUAAACUUCUGUCCGUGGGUCGGAAGAAAUUCAACAUGGAUCCUGAAAAGGGGAUCCAGUACCUGAUUGAGCAGCAGCUAUUGUCCUCAGACUUGCAGGAGAUUGCCAAAUUCCUCCACAAGGGUGAAGGCUUGAACAAGACAGCCAUUGGCAAUUACUUGGGUAGGAGAGACUCCAAAAACAUUCAGAUUCUCCAAGCCUUUGUGGCAUGUCACCAGUUUGCCAACCUCAACCUGGUGCAAGCACUAAGACAGUUCCUAUGGAGCUUCCGGCUGCCUGGGGAAGCACAGAAAAUUGAUCGUAUGAUGGAGGCCUUUGCCAACUGGUACUGCAAGUGUAACCCAGGAGUAUUCCAGUCCACAGAUACAUGUUAUAUACUCUCCUUCUCUAUUAUCAUGCUCAACACCAGCCUACACAACCCUAAUGUGAAAGACAAACCCCCCUUUGAAAGGUUUGUGUCCAUCAACCGAGGCAUCAAUGAUGGAGCAGAUCUGCCAGAAGAGCUCUUAAAGAAUCUGUUCGACAGCAUAAAGAACGAGCCAUUCUCUAUACCAGAAGAUGAUGGAAAUGAUCUCACACACACUUUCUUCAACCCUAACCGUGAGGGCUGGCUCCUGAAACUAGGAGGACGUGUGAAAACGUGGAAACGUCGUUGGUUCAUUCUGACUGAUAACUGCCUGUACUACUUUGAAUAUACCACGGACAAAGAGCCUCUGGGCAUUAUCCCCCUGGAGAACCUAUCAGUCCGGAAGGUGGAUGAUCCCAAAAAGCCAAACUGCUUUGAGCUCUUCAAUCCCAACUGCAAAGGGCAGAAGAUCAAAGCCUGCAAAACAGAUGGGGAUGGGAAGGUGGUUGAAGGCAAGCACCAGUCCUAUAAGAUCUCUGCAGCUACACCAGCAGAACGUGAUGAGUGGAUUGAGGCAAUAAGGACUAGCAUCACACAGAAUCCUUUCUAUGAUCUCGUCUCGGCCCGAAAGAAGAAGAUUGCCAACAGAAAUUGAUCCAUGACCUGGUGGCUGGCAGCAGGAAGAUGUAGUUGUUGGACAGCGUCUCUCACAUGCUGGGCACUUUCAGGGAAGAAAUUUGGGAGGAUUGGCUCCUUCCCUCUUGGCACGAAGAUGACUGACAGGACAACUUACCAGAUUUGCUUCUUCUCCUUCCAACCCAAAGGCAGAGGAGCAAUCCACUGAGGACUGUCAGAGCUGUGGGCACAGCACUUCCCAUGUCAUAGCUCAGAGGCUAAACAUCAACUGGCCUUUGGGUUCCUCCAUAUUGCUCCAGGCAUGAAGGGCAGAAUUUGAGGAGAGACAAGAAUGUCUCCAGAAUAUCUCCAGCCUGCAGCCGUCUACAACCAUCAAAUGAAGUAUAGUUUUUCUAUGUGGAUGCUAUCAAGACAGCAAAGCAUAGUCCAGUCAGUUGUGGAGUAGAUAAGAUCCAUUGGUUUUUCUUCCAUUAACAGAUGUGUUGUAGUUGUGUCAAGGUGCCACUAAUGUUUCAGGACUCCAGGGUGAAACCAGAGCACAGAGGAUGAUAAGAAUCCCUCUGUGCAGUUCUCUUCUAUGCCUCUUCCUAUAGCCAUGAAGGCUGUAAUUCUGGGAAGUCCCUGCUCUGCAGCUGAGUCACAGGCUUUAGGAAGUAAUUGAUGUUAGACAGGGAGAUAGGGUAUACACUCUGUGUAGAGAGGUUCCUGAGCAAGGGAAGCAGCUCUGGAUCUCUGUCUCUGGGACUGGCUACUCUUGCUACUCUGGGACUCACCAUAGGUCUCCCUAGGGAAGACCCCCAAACGCUAUUUCUCCUUCUAGCUGAUGGCUACCCAGCAAGCAUUGCUUGCCCAAGAUGUGUAUCUGAAAGGUCUGCAGCCAGAAGGCAUGAAAAAUCAGAGGUGCAUUUACAUACACACACAAGCAUGGGCACACAGAGGCAUUCCCAUCUUCACAGACCGGUUUCACUUGGAACCUACUGUUUUUGGCUCUUGUGUGAAGAAAUAAAAGUGUCUGAAACAA